CGGCGCGAAGAUGGCUGAGAAGCCGCCGCAGAAGCACGACGGGCGGGUGAAGAUCGGCCACUACGUGCUGGGGGACACGCUGGGCGUCGGCACCUUCGGCAAAGUCAAGAUUGGAGAACACCAGCUCACAGGACACAAAGUGGCAGUCAAAAUUUUGAACAGACAAAAAAUCCGCAGUUUGGAUGUGGUUGGGAAGAUCAAACGUGAAAUCCAAAACCUAAAACUUUUCCGGCAUCCCCAUAUCAUCAAACUGUACCAGGUCAUCAGCACACCAACAGACUUUUUCAUGGUUAUGGAAUAUGUGUCCGGCGGGGAAUUGUUUGAUUACAUCUGUAAAAAUGGACGGGUUGAAGAGGCUGAAGCAAGGCGCCUUUUUCAACAAAUUCUGUCGGCUGUGGAUUACUGUCAUCGGCAUAUGGUGGUUCACAGAGACCUGAAACCAGAGAAUGUGCUGCUGGAUGCAAACAUGAAUGCCAAGAUAGCUGAUUUUGGACUUUCCAACAUGAUGUCUGAUGGUGAAUUUCUGCGAACAAGCUGUGGCUCACCCAACUAUGCAGCACCUGAAGUUAUCUCCGGAAGGUUGUAUGCUGGUCCGGAGGUUGAUAUCUGGAGUUGUGGUGUAAUUCUCUACGCCCUUCUCUGUGGGACGCUUCCUUUUGAUGAUGAGCAUGUCCCAACACUCUUUAAAAAAAUCCGUGGAGGGGUCUUUUACAUUCCUGAAUAUCUCCACCGUUCAGUUGCCACCUUACUCAUGCAUAUGCUACAGGUUGACCCACUCAAACGAGCAACCAUCAAGGACAUACGAGAACAUGAAUGGUUCAAACAGGAACUUCCAAGUUACUUAUUCCCGGAGGAUCCUUCGUAUGAUGCUAAUGUCAUUGAUGAUGAUGCCGUGCGAGAAGUAUGUGAGAAAUUUGAGUGCCCCGAAUCUGAGGUGAUGACCAGCUUGUACAGUGGGGAUCCCCAAGACCAACUUGCAGUAGCAUACCAUCUUAUUAUUGACAAUCGAAGAAUCAUGAACCAAGCCAGUGAGUUCUACCUCGCUUCCAGCCCUCCCACUGGCUCUUUCAUGGAUGACACUAUGCACAUCCACCCAGGGGUGAAACCCCACCCGGAGCGGAUGCCUCCUCUAGUAGCAGAUAAAUGUCCCUUAGAUGCACUGAAUACCACUAAGCCAAAACCACUGACUGUGAAAAAAGCCAAGUGGCAUUUAGGAAUACGGAGUCAAAGCAAGCCUUAUGACAUCAUGGCAGAAGUCUACCGUGCUAUGAAAAACCUGGAUUUUGAAUGGAAGGUGGUGAAUGCCUAUCAUCUUAGAGUUCGUCGGAAGAAUCCGGUAACGGGAAAUUACGUGAAAAUGAGUUUGCAGCUUUAUCAGGUUGACAAUCGCAGCUAUCUUUUGGACUUUAAGAGCAUUGAUGAUGACGUCAUGGAGCAAAGAUCAGGCUCUUCCACACCUCAGCGCUCCUGUUCUGCAGCUCGUUUGCACAGACCAAGACUGAGUUUUGAUUCUGCAACUGCCGAUUGCCAUUCGCUCCCGGGAUCCCUCACUGGCUCCUUGACUGGGAGCAUGCCUUCUGUCACGCCACGUCUUGGGAGCCACACCAUGGAUUUCUUUGAAAUGUGUGCCAGUCUCAUCGUGGCGCUUGCCCGCUGAAAGGUAUA